AUGGCAUUCUCUUUAGCAUCUGCCUUAUCAUUUUUGGAUGAUCCCAGUUUAGACUGGAAAGCCAUUAUUACUGGCUUAACCAUUGCUCAGUUUGCUUUUGAAAAUUAUUUAAGUUAUAGACAAUAUCAAGUUUUAAAGAAAACUUCACCACCUCCCUCUUUGAAAGCUGAAAUUAGUCAAGAAACCUUUAAUAAAUCCCAAGAGUAUUCUAGAGCCAAAGCUAGAUUUGGUUUCUUCACUCGUGGAUUUGGUCUUGUUCAAAAUCUUCUUACUAUUAAAUAUGAUAUCAUUCCAAAACUUUGGAAUGCUAGUGGAUUCGUUAUGCAAAAAUUAGCUCCAAUCUUACCAAAAGCCAUGAGCGGUAUUAUUACUCAAUCUUAUUUCUUUAUGCAUGUUACUCUUGUCUCUCAAUUGCUUUUUUCGUUACCUUUGGAAUAUUAUAGUCAAUUCGUUUUGGAAGAAAAAUAUGGCUUCAAUAAACUGACUAUUGGUUUAUGGAUUACUGAUACAAUCAAGUCCUUGUUGUUAAGUAUGACUUUUGGUCCUGCUAUUGCGGUUGGGUUUUUAAAAAUUAUUGAUUACUAUGGUGACUCUUUCAUUUUCUAUACCUGUGGAUUUGUCUUAUUUGUUCAAUUAGUUGGUAUGACUAUUUUCCCACUUUUCAUUCAACCAUUAUUCAAUAAAUUCAGUCCUUUGGAAGAUGGUGAAUUGAAAACCGCUAUUGAAAAAUUGGCUUCAGAGCAAGAAUUCCCAUUAACCAAAUUAUAUGUAAUUGAUGGCUCAAAGAGAUCCUCCCAUUCUAAUGCUUAUUUCACUGGUUUACCAUGGAGUAAACAAAUUGUUUUAUAUGACACCUUGAUUAAUCAUUCAACCGUUGAUGAAACGGUUGCUGUUUUGGCUCAUGAAAUCGGUCACUGGAAAUUGAGCCACUUACCUCAAUUGUUAGUUUUCUCCCAAACUCAUGUUUUCUUAUGUUUCUUAGUCUUUUCUGGAUUUAUCAAAAAUAGCUCUUUAUUCAAGUCUUUUGGUUUCUUUAAUGUUCAACCAACCAUCAUUGGUUUCACUUUAUUCAGUGAUAUCUUUUCUCCAUUUGAAUGUUUAUCACAAUUUGCCCUUAACUUAUUAACCAGAAAAAACGAAUAUCAAGCCGAUGCUUAUGCCAAAAAAUUUGGUUAUUCUGAAGAUUUAGCCAGAGCUUUGAUCAAAUUAUUAAGUGAAAACUUAUCUGCCAUGGAUGCUGAUUGGUUAUAUUCUUCUUAUCAUCACUCUCAUCCAAUCUUAGCUGAAAGAUUGAAUGCAAUUGGGUAUGUUUCAAAAGAAAAGAUUGCCCCUGAACCUGUUGAUAAAAAAGAAGAUUAG